UCCGAUGAAGUUUGAAGUGAAGUAUGGUUUAUCAUUGGUUUACAUAAAAAAAUAUUUUGUGACUCAUUUAAUAGGAUAGGCUUUUAAUGCUACAAUGUCGAAAAACAUUGUUUUUGAGGGUUGGUUGACUAAAUCACCACCAACUAAACGAAUCUGGAGAACGAAAUGGCGAAGAAGGUGGUUUGCUUUGCGUCAAUCGGGCGAACUCCCGGGUCAGUAUUUCCUCGACUACUAUGCCGAUCGGAACUGUAGACGGCUAAAGGGGACGAUCAACUUAGACCUGUGUGAACAGGUGGACGCUGGAUUGCAUAUGGAACGCAGUAACAACGUGACUCUAGAUCCGAAGCUUCGAGGCUCCGUGUUUACAAUUCAGACGCAGUCUCGCACAUAUCACUUGGAGGCGGACUGCGAAGCAGACAUGGUCAAGUGGGUUGAUGCUAUCUGCAGCGUUUGCGGCCUGCAGCCCAAAGACAAUGCAUCAGAUGAUUCAGAACCUUAUCGAAAUGCUUAUGAAAUGAGCACAAGGAAUCCUGACACCAUUGAUCCUUACAUACCAAUUUCCGAGUGCAUUACUGGAGUACGUGAACAGAAUUCACAGAGGGCAUUCACUUUUGAUUCAAAGGACAUUGUGAUUAGGACAAGAAGGACCCAUGAAAUCGAUCCAAGUAAGAUAAAUCAGAUGUACUUGAGUCAGCCACAUAUCAGAUCCAACAAUGCGGAGUUUUCAGAAAAUGACUCCAAUCUCAGCGAUGAAGAGUGCAAAUCUUUAAAUGCUAGUCAAUCUAAUAUAAGAGAUUGGGCGGCUGCAAGAACAUUCACCAAAUCCGCGCCUCGCCCCAUCAAGUAUGGCGGAUAUCAUCACGGCCCUCCCGUACCUCCGAGACCACCUAAGACUUUGGCAAUGAGUAGAGGUAUUUUCCAGAGGGAUUACAGGGCUCCUGAACGUAAUAACCCUCCGGAGAUUGGGCAUCAACAUCUGGUCGAGGUGAUUUGUCAUCAACCACGACGCAGCAUGACUGAGGCAUGUUUUAUGACUCAAAUAUUUUUUAGUGGUACAAAUACGAACGUACAAGUACCAGCGCAAGUGCAGAGGCCAGCGCAAGUGCAAGUGCCAGCACAAGUGCAGGUGCCAGCGCAAGUGCAGAGGCCGGCCCAAGUGCAAGUGCAAGCACAAGUACAGGUGCCAGCGCAAGUGCAGGCUCCAGCGCAACUGCAGGUGCCUUCGCAACUGCAGGUGCCAUCGCAACUGCAGGUGCCAGCGCCAGUGCCACCGCCUGUGAGACCUAUUACACCGCCGUCGCCCGUUCCCCUGCAAGUUGUGCCCACCAUAAAGAUAACUGACGAAGAUGAGGAACGUUUCAACCAGUAUUCGAACAUUGUGGUGGCCUGCCCACCUGCCGUGGACCGCGCACUGAAGCCUCGCCACUCCAGCCAUAGCAUCGGCAACGUCAACAAUCUAGGAAUGCAGUCAAUGACUGCGGCGAAUGAACGCGAAGAGAUCAAGAAAGAGGAAAAGAAGGUCUACAUUGUACCAGUCGGCGUCCCUUACGUCAAUGCAAAUUACUUCGGGCAUUCAUCAUCACCACAACAGCUCCACAGAGCUAUGCAAUUCAAUUCGGACAGACCACGUUCGGAUGUGCUUCAGUAUUUGGAUUUAGAUCUGCCUACUUCAAGCCCACCAUCAAAUGGCGAUAAGCAUCGUAAGACCAUUGAGUCUGUGCACGGUAAAUCUUGGUCCGCCUCCGAAGCGUCCUCCGCAUACAAAACUGUCGACUUCUUGAAGACUGAAGCGUUCAAUAUAACUCGACAGGAUGCGGAAGCCUCUAGGAACAGCCAACAUUAAACACUUUAACUGCCGUCGACUCAU